GCAACACAGGAAGUUUGCUCUGACAGCGGACGGCGUAAUGUGCUGGUUUGUUUUGUAGCAAGCGUGCAUGUUCUCGGUUGCAAGUUCUCAUGUUCGAGCCCUUUAUUCACACCUAACUCUGGAAGUUGAUGAUUAAACAGAGGAACAUGUUCGCGGGGCUUCCUGAGCUCGGCAUCUCCAACGGAGAGGAUCUUAAAGAAACUCUCACCAACUGCACCGAGCCUCUGAAAGCCAUUGACCAGUUUCAGAUGGAAAAUGGCAUCCUGCUUCCGACCCUUCAGUCUGCUCUUCCCUUCCUCGACCUCCACGGAACGCCUCGGCUGGAGUUCCACCAGUCUGUCUUUGACGAGCUCCGAGAAAAGCUGAUGGAGCGAGUCGCCAUCAUCGCAGAGGGCAAGGAAGAGGACAGAUACAGGAAGCUUGAAGAGCUACUGGAGAAGAGCUUUCCCCUCGUCAAAAUGCCGUCCAUUCAGCCGGUGGUAAUGCAGGUGCUGAAGCAUCUACCCAAGGUGCCAGAGAAGAAACUGAAGAUGGUGAUGGCUGACAAGGAGCUGUACAAGGUGUGUGCCGUGGAGGUGAAAAGGCAGAUCUGGCAGGACAACCAGGCUCUGUUUGGGGACGAAGUCUCGCCCCUCCUAAAGCAGUACAUUGUGGAGAAGGAAGCGGCUUUGUUCAGCAGCGACCUGUCCAUCCUGCACAAUUUCUUCAGCCCUUCUCCCAAAACACGACGCCAAGGCGAGGUGGUCCUAAAGCUGACCCAGAUGAUUGGAAAGAAUGUGAAGCUGUAUGACAUGGUGCUGCAGUUCUUACGAACACUCUUCCUGCGAACGCGAAAUGUCCACUACUGCACGCUAAGAGCAGAGCUGCUGAUGUCUCUUCACGACCUGGACAUCAGUGAGAUCUGCUCUGUUGACCCCUGCCAUAAGUUCACUUGGUGUUUAGACGCCUGCAUCCGUGAGAAGUUUGUGGACGGCAAGCGAGCCAGAGAGCUGCAGGGUUUCCUGGACGGGGUGAAGAAAGGACAGGAGCAAGUCCUCGGGGACCUGUCCAUGAUCCUGUGUGACCCAUUUGCCUGUAACACCCUGGUCCUGAGUAUCAUGAGGAAUCUGCAAGAGCUGCUGAGUCAGGACGCCUUACCCAGGGACAGUCCGGACCUGAUGCUGUUGCUGAGGAUGCUGUCACUGGGUCAAGGGGCGUGGGACAUGAUUGACAGUCAGGUCUUUAAAGAGCCUCGUAUGGAUUUGGAGGUAGUGACCCGCUUCCUGCCUGCCAUGAUGUCAGUGGUUGUUGAUGAUCACACCUUCACUGUGGAACAGAAGCUUCCGAGUGAGGAGAAGAGCUCGCUGUCAUACCCCACCACCCUGCCAGACGCCUUCAACAGGUACCUGCAGGAGAACAGAGUGGCCUGUGAAAUGGGUCUCUACUAUGUCCUCCACAUUGCCAAACUGAGGAACAAGAAUGCCUUACAGAGGUUACUACCUGCCCUAGUGGAGACCUACAACGACAUGGCCUUUGGUGACAUCUUCCUGCACCUGCUGACUGGGCACCUCACCCUGCUCUCUGAUGAGUUUGGAUCAGAAGAGUUUUGUUCAGUUGUCUUUGAUGGCUUCCUUCUUACUUCUUUUUCUAGUAAAGAGAACGUCCACAGACACACCCUCCGGAUGUUGCUGCACCUACACCACAAAGUGCUGCCAUCAUGUAUGGAAACCUUGAUGAAAACUCUUGAACCUCCGAAACAGAGCAGCGAGCCGGUGAAGGAGCUGUUCACCCAGCUGACGGAGAAGCUGGAGGCCCAGAAGAAGAGCCCCCCUCCGCUGGAGGAAACCCCAUCCCUGGACCUGGGGCUGCACCCGGUGACCGUCCCCACCACCGCCUCCACCCCGACUACACCUCUCUGAGAGCACAGCUGAAACACCAAUCAGUGACUGACUGUAAAUACAGCCACCAAUUGGCUCGUGAAUUUUUAAAAAGACUGAACGUUUUACAUUAUUGAUUGUUUUAUGUUUAUUGUUUGUUUAGAUGUUUGUCUCUGAGAGGGUCUUCCAGCACUGACCGUGUAGUCCAGUGGCCAACAAUUUUUCUUCAAGGGGGAGGGGGGGACUUUUCUAAACUUUGUUCCCUUGCAUUAUUGUCCAAAUAUACAGUAUUUUCAUAUGUAGUCAGGCUAUCAGUGUGUUAUAAUUAAACUGUGUCAGUAGAGCAACAAAAAGCUGUAAAUAAAUGAUUAUUUAGAAAUA